AUGUCCUGGGACGACUUGCACGGAGAGCAUUGUUACACUAUCACGCCCGGCCUUGUGUACAAUCCUGACGGGCCGGAGGUCUGGCAAAUUACCAAUGAUCGCUGUCAUCCUUACGCUGCUAUCCCGGCAAGAGUGCUGAGCCUCUAUCCUGACUGGGCGAAAUGCUCCGCGUCAUGGGGUGGAGGCUUCUACGACCCACCAAAGACUCUCCGCAUGGGCACCGCGCUGUUGCCGACCGCUCCAAGUCCAACCUUCGUUCCCACCGCGCAACCCGUUCCCAAAUCUCCUCACUUGAUCGCCCCAGUAACUUCAAGAGUGGCAACUUUCGCGCCGGACGGCCCAACACCUACUUCCCCCGAUACCUACGUUAGCAAUACCUUCGCGGAUGGUGAUUGGCUCUAA